AUGCCUUUUGAGCCUUACACGCGUCUUCACACGCUAGCUGGCUCCCAUGUAUCUGGCGUCAACGUUUUAGCAUUUUCCUCUUGCGGGCGUUAUCUUGCGAGUGGAUCUAACGACAAGUCCAUCAUCAUUUGGGACCCCAUUUCGGGCAAAAGUUUGCAAAGAAUUUUUGUCAAAGAUGAAGUCUCGUCUUUGAUAUGGCACCCUCGAAAUUGCGCAUUGUACUUCGGCUGCCAGGACGGCACCCUCAUUGUCGUUGAGAACUUCUCGCCCAAAGAAGAGAACACUGGAUGUGAGGUAUUAACAGGAAUAACAGCUUCUGUUGACGCUCUCGACGUCGAUGCCGAGUCCAAUUAUCUUGCGAUAGGUGUAGGGUCGGAGGUCCAGGUGUCAAAGAAGAUCACAGAGUAUACCUACGCGACCUUCGUCAUUAUGCCUUCUCCGCCGAAGCUCGUUUUAGAAAAAGAGGGCGACGACGAAAGGAUACGCCCGCGAUCGGUUCACUUGCUGCCUGGUGGCUCACAGCUCAUUGUGUCCUAUUUAAAUCACGGUAUCGUGUACGCCUGCACCUUCCAUCGCAUAAUCAGACUGUUGGGACGUGUUGACAAGAGAGAAGCUGGAAAGGAGGUCCGCUGCUGCAGAACACGGAAGCAGGCGAUUGGUGUCCCACGACAGUCCAGGGCCUACAGUCGGCAACAGCUGUCCGCGUUCUUGUUCCAGCACCCCACGCAACGACGGUUACGCAUCUUUGCCAUCAAGCGAAAUUCCCUACCAGAACGCAAUUGGCCUGAAACGGCGUUGCAACUUGCUUCGGCUGCAAAUGUUCUCAAUGCCGACAGUUUCAUUGACACCUUCACCCCUGUGUUGCACAUGUGGAAUUCAUCGAACACGGAAGACAAAUUGCCGCACAAGAAACCUCGCAUCGGCUUGCUGUUUAUCGACUUUCUGGCAGACAAGGGCCCACCAACAGCUACCAAGCAGCUCGUUACCACUCUGUGGACGUGA